AUGUCGGCCAUGAACAAGGAGCCAGAGUCUACUGUGUUGAACGAUUCGGCAACUCCAGAUAUAACCCAAACGAGUUUGGAGUCGAACCUUAAUCGUUUGUCAGUUGAAGCGUUAAGAUUUGUUUGUCGUGGAAUGGGCCUGUCGGAAACGGGCCAAAAACAGGAGAUCGUGUCCAGGUUAUUAAAGGAAAGUCGUAACAGAUUGGGCCGAGAGGACUCUGUUGAGGAUGCGGGUGUAACCGGAAAGGCAAAGGAAGCUCGGCCGCAGCUUUUGGGAAGCCAGGAUGAUACACUGUCGGAAGAACUAGAAGCCUUGUGGACAGGUGAUAGGGCACAACGCCCAGUUGUGGGAGAAAAUUCGCUAGGUGCCUACGGCAAACAAGGCUCAAUGGGUCAAGAUUUUUCACCGAGUUAUGUGUGGGAAAGGAAGCCGCUUAGUUACGGAACAGAAUUGGGACCGCUGCUCGUAGAUGACAUUGAACGAAGGAGUGUUUGGACCAAGCGGGAGUUGACUAAGCAGCGUAACCAGUGUGAAUACAAUGAGUGGUGUAGGGCAGUAGUGUUAAUGGAUAAGGCAUUAGCCUCGGGCGAUGUGAACUACAUUCGUAUGGCAAGGCAGGUCGCUAUGGAAAGGGCCUAUGUUGUAAGGGUGGCCGAUGAGGAUGGUUGGAAGGUUGCUGCGAAAAUGGCGAAUGUGGAUGGGUUGGAUCCAAUGACGGAGUUGGAACACAAAGUAAGGAACCUCUGUGAUCUGACGAAGGGAAGCGCAGUUCGGUUAAUUGUGGAAGGAAUUAAAAGGUCUCAGGCUCUGGUUAAAACGGAGGCUAGGUGGCCAAGGGACCCGUUACCGGUAGCAGUGGUUAAGCGUUACAUUAUGUAUCCACCGCCAGGGAUCAGUAUGGUAAUGUGGGCUCGUGAUAUAGCCUUGGUCGCUUUAG